AUGGCGACGAAGAUGGACGAAGAAAAGACACUCAAUGCCCGCAUCUAUUUCCCCUUCUUCGCCUUCUUCCUCCUAUCCGCCUCCAAAAUCCCGAAAGCCUGCACCAAAACCACCAACUCAAACUCCAUCCCCCCACCCCUCCCAAUCUCCAACACCCUAUCUGCAAUAAACCUCAACCCCUCAAUCCCAUACCGCGCCAACAACAACUCUCUCGGCAGAGCCGCCGAUAUCCCAAACAGCGGAUCGCGCAUCCACAACUCCAGAUUCGUAGACUACUUCGUCUGGGACGCUGCAGAAGUGCUGCAGCCACAGGGCCCGCCAUUUGGGGUUAUCGCCCGGGAGGUCGCGGGUGCAUGGUUGCGCGGUUGCGACGGCGGGGUGGAGGCGAGCGGUGGCGAGGGGGAGGGGGUUGAAGAGGUCGAAGACCUGGAUGGCGGGGUCGGCCGUGGGGUGGGAAGCGACCUCGACGCGGUAGAGGGGCGUGGGGUUUGUGGUGAGGGCGAUGCUGUAGGUGGUGUUUGUGACGCGGGUGACGCGGAAGUACAGAGUACGAAGGGCACAUUACGACCAUAAUGAGGGCGGCAAAUGUGGAGACUGUACAUACGGAACUCCGACGUCACAGUGACAAGUGACGAGUUGGGGGGUGGGAUAGUGUUUUUUGGAAGGGUGGACAUCACGUGCAGGAAUGGACCGUGCAUAAAACUCCAAUAUAUGAAGGGCGAUAAGUCGCAUGAAAUAAAUACCUUCUACAAUUCAAG